UCCCUUGCUAGCAGCCGGUGGAUCUGGAAGGUUCUGUCCUGGUUGUUAGAGCAGCGCCUGGUCGAAUCUGCCUCCAUCCGAACCGCAGGGACAGUUACAGGGUCGGUACAGAACACCAUCCGUCUCUACAAACCUCCAUUAGUUGAAAUUUAUUAACAUUUAGGAGAAGAUGCCUGAAGCGCCGAAAGCGGGAGCUUAUGUGGACCGAGACAAACCCGCUCAGAUCCGCUACAGCAACAUCAGCGCUGGGAAAGCUGUCGCAGAUGCCAUCAGGACCAGUCUUGGCCCUAAAGGCAUGGACAAAAUGAUCCAGGACGGGAAAGGAGACGUCACCAUUACUAACGACGGAGCCACCAUUCUGAAUCAGAUGCAGGUUCUGCACCCUGCUGCUAAAAUGCUGGUAGAGCUGUCCAAGGCCCAGGAUAUCGAGGCUGGUGAUGGCACUACAUCUGUCGUGGUGAUUGCUGGAGCUCUGUUGGAUGCCUGUGCCAAGCUCCUACAGAAAGGUAUCCACCCGACCACCAUCUCCGAGUCCUUCCAGAAAGCCGUGGAUAAAGGCGUGGAGAUCCUGAACUCCAUCAGCCAGCCCGUGGAGCUCAGUGACCGCGAGACUCUGCUCAACAGUGCCACCACGUCUCUCUGCUCCAAAGUGGUGUCUCAGUACUCCAGCCUGCUGGCACCCAUGAGCGUGGAGGCCGUGAUGAGGGUCAUCGACCCGGCGACCGCCACCAGCGUCGACCUCCGCGACAUCAACAUCGUCAAGAAGCUCGGCGGGACCAUCGACGACUGUGAGCUGGUGGAGGGUCUGGUUCUGACUCAGAAGGUGGUGAACUCCGGACUGUCUCGUGUCGAGAAGGCCAAGAUCGGCCUGAUCCAGUUCUGCCUGUCGCCUCCAAAGACUGAUAUGGACAACCAGAUCGUAGUGUCGGACUACACGCAGAUGGACCGGGUGCUCCGCGAGGAACGAGCUUACAUCCUCAACCUGAUCAAACAGAUCAAGAAAGCCGGAUGCAACGUCCUGCUCAUCCAGAAGUCCAUCCUCAGAGAUGCCCUGAGUGAUCUGGCCCUUCAUUUCCUGAACAAGAUGAAGAUUAUGGUGGUGAAGGACAUCGAGCGUGACGAGAUCGAAUUCAUCUGCAAGACAAUUGGCACCAAGCCCAUUGCUCAUAUUGACUAUUUUACACCGGAGAUGCUGGGCGUGGCUGAGCUGGUUGAGGAAGUGAACCUGGAUGGCUCAGGAAAGCUGGUUAAGAUCACUGGUUGUGCCAGUCCCGGCAAGACAGUGAGCAUUGUGGUGCGCGGCUCCAACAAGCUGGUGAUUGAGGAGGCUGAGCGCUCCAUUCACGAUGCUCUGUGUGUCAUCCGCUGCCUCGUUAAAAAGAGGGCUCUGAUUGCCGGUGGUGGCGCACCUGAGAUCGAGCUGGCUCUGAGGUUGGCAGAGUAUGCCCGCUCACUAGGUGGCAUGGAGGCAUACUGUGUCCGAGCCUACGCAGACGCUCUGGAGGUCAUUCCCUCCACGCUGGCCGAGAACGCUGGUCUUAACCCCAUCUCCACAGUCACCGAGCUGCGCAACAGGCACGCCCAGGGCGAGAAGACGGCCGGCAUCAAUGUCCGCAAGGGUGGGAUCUCUAACAUCUUGGAGGAGCUGGUGGUCCAGCCCCUGUUGGUCUCCAUCAGCGCACUUACCCUCGCCACGGAGACAGUACGCAGCAUCCUCAAGAUCGAUGACGUCGUUAACACGCGGUAAGGUGUGUGUGUGUGUGUGCGCGCACUGGACGGAACAUCCCCGUGAUCCCCUCGCUAAGACCAACUGUUAAAGCGCCGACUGUAGAUGUUACGCUGCGUUAUUUAAUAAACUUUUUUUUUGGACACA